AUGGCAGACACAUCAUUCGUUCCACUUCCUCAAAGUGCUGGUUAUGCCAUCGUAGUUGGGUUAGGUGCAGUAUUUGCCAUUGGUAUGAUAUUAACCACUUACUUGUUGAAAAGAUACAACAAGGAGAUCAUCACAGCCGAAGAGUUUGCUACCGCUGGUAGGUCAGUCAAAUCAGGUUUAAUCAGUGCUGCUGUUGUGUCAUCUUGGACUUGGGCAGCUACAUUGUUGACGUCAACUACACAAGCCUACAAAAAUGGUAUCUUUGGAUCGUGCAGUUAUGCAUUUGGUGCCACUGUUCAAAUCACAUUGUUUGCAACCUUGGCUAUUAAAGCUAAAGAGAGAGCACCACUGGCUAGGACAUACUUGGAAAUCGUUCGUGCAAGAUAUGGAACUGCAACUCACAUUGUUUACACAUUCUGGGGUCUUGCCACAAACAUCUUGGUGACUGCCAUGUUGUUGACUGGUGGUUCAGCUACUGUUUGCGACUUGACUGGAAUGCAUCCUGUUGCCGCUUGUUUGUUGAUUGGUCUUUCUCCAACUGUGUACUCGGUAUUUGGUGGAUUAAAAGCUACUAUCUUGACAGAUUACGCCCACACAGUCAUUAUGGUUACCAUAAUCAUUAUCUUUGCUUUCAGCACAUGGGCAACAAGCCAUAAAUUGGGAUCACCGGGAGUUGUUUGGGAGGCAGUUACAAAAUUAGCAGAUAUCAAGCCAAUCGAUGGAAACCACGAUGGAUCAUUCUUGACAUUUAAUUCCAAAUCAGGAGGUAUAUUCUUUGUCAUCAAUAUCGUUGGUAACUUUGGUACUGUGUUUUUGGACAAUGGAUACUUCAACAAGGCGUUUGCAGCUAAUCCAGCUUCUGCUUACAAAGGUUACAUCUUGGGGUCAUUGGCUUGGCUUCCAAUCCCAGCAUUCUGUUCAUUGACUAUGGGUUUCGCUGCUUUGUCAUUGGAGUACACUGAUUACUGGCCAUUGGGGAGACCAAUGACCAGUGAUGAAGUUGCAGCUGGUUUGGUAUUACCUAAUGCUGCUUCUGCUUUGUUGGGAAAAGGCGGUGCCGUCUUGGCCUUGAUUAUGAUUUACAUGGCUGUUACUAGUGCAAUGUCUUCAGAAUUGAUUGCCGUAUCAACCAUCACCACCUACGAUAUCUACAGAACUUACAUCAACCCAAAUGCCAGUGGUAAAAAGUUGAUUUUCAUGUCACACAUUGCAUGUGGUGUUUUUGCUUAUGCUAUGGCCGGGUUCGCCAUUGGUCUCUACUAUGCAAAUGUUUCAAUGGGGUUCUUGUAUGAGUUGAUGGGAAUAAUUAUCGGUGGUGCCGUCUUGAGUUCAGCAAUGACAAUAUUGUCUUCCAAGCAAAACUGGCAUGCAGCUACGUUCACGCCACCAAUCGCCACCGGUUUGGCUAUCAUGGCAUGGUUGGUUGUCUGUAAAACAAAGUUUGGUACCAUCUCAUAUGACAACUUGUUUGAGGAUGAUUCAAUGUUGACGGGUAAUGUUGUUGCAUUGUUGUUUCCCUUGAUUACCGUGCCCUUAUUUACAAUAAUAUUCAAGCCACAGAAUUUCAACUGGAAGUUGUUGGAAACAAGAAUCACCAGAGUCAGUGAAGAAGAAGAGUUGAUGGAGGCUACGAAAUCAGACAAUUUCAAUGAUGAUGAAAAGUUGUCACCAGUCAAGUCACAAAUCUCUGUUUUGGCCAGUCAUUUGGUAGAAGAAGAGAGACCACAAUACACUAAGGACCAAGAACAGUUGCAUAAGGCAUUCAAGUGGUGCGUUGGUGUUUGUGUAUUCAUGACGUUGAGUUUGUUGGUGAUUUGGCCAAUGCCCUUAUACGGAAGCAAGUACAUUUUCUCGCGUAAGUUCUUCACUGGGUGGGUUGUGGUGUUUUUCAUUUGGAUAUGGUACACUGUUUUCCAAGUCAUUAUAUACCCAGUUUGGGAGGGAAGACACAGUCUUUACAAUACCGGAAGAGGAAUAUAUUGGGACUUGACUGGACAAACAUACAAGUUGAGAGAAUGGCAGAAUCACCAUCCAGAAGAAUUGCAUGCAGUUCAAUCACAGGUGAUUGCACAAUUAUCUAAUCCCCAGGUUGUUGAUGGUAGAGCUGUGGAGAUGAGCUAUGGUAACAUUGACGAUGAGUUGUCUGAUGAAAAGAAGUAG